AUGGCGAGCAAUAUCCCUUCGAAAGACCUCCAGCAGAUCCAGGCGUGGAACUCUCGGGUUCAACUGCGUCGGAAGGACUGCUGCGUACACGACAUCAUCACUCAGCAGUGCAGGGCCAAUCCCUCAGCUGAAGCCAUUUCCGCCUGGGAUGGCAGUCUGACUUAUUCCCAGCUGGAUCGCAUGUCGACGACUCUGGCAUCUCAUCUAGUUUGCAACGGAUGCGGUCCCAACAAGUUCAUCGCCUUGCUUUUCAACAAGUCCAUGUGGACAGCUGUCUCCCUUCUCGCCGUCCUCAAAGCCGGGAGUGCCAUCUUCCUCGUCGAUCCUUCAUUACCAGAUCAACGAAUCAAGCGAAUGUGUGAAAUAGCCGAGGCCGCCGCCAUUAUUACAUCUUCAGACCUGUCCGAGAGAGCGCGUCAGUAUGGCCCGGAUGUGCUGAUAGCGAAAGACGAAUGCGAUCAGCAAUGGACAACAUCUUUGUUACCUAAAGGCCAUUCCGAUCAGGCAGUUUACUUGGCUUUUACCUCAGGAUCGACUGGGGACCCAAAGGCUGUGGUGGUCCAGCAUGCAGCUGUAUGCAGCGGGAUGGAUGCGUACUCAGACAGAAUGGGUCUCGGUCGGAAUAGCAGGAUGUUCCAAUUUGCGUCCUACUCGUUCGUGAUCAGUAUCCUGGACCACUUAGGUGCACUGAUGAAUGGUGCCUGUCUCUGCGUACCAUCAUCCGAUCAAAUCCAGAAUAGCUUGGCAAGCACAUUGCGUGAAUUCAACGCGAACUGGGUAGAGAUCACACCAUCGGUUGCUCGAGCCCUUGACCCAAACGAAGUCCCCGGUUUGGGAACUGUGGUGUUGACCGGCGAGGCAGCCACACGGUUAGAUCUAGAGCGAUGGACAGGACGAGUUGACCUCAAGACGUGCUAUGGGCAGAGUGAGAACAGCUUGGGAGCAUUAGUUGACAAUAAAACAGACCACUCGGAGCCGUCUGACAUGGGCUAUCCGUGGGCAGCGCAUUGCUUUGUUGUUGAUCCCCACCAAUCCGAGGAUCUUGUUCCCAUCGGAGCGGAAGGCGAGCUGUGGCUGGCAGGGCCGUCUCUUGCUCGCGGCUAUCUCAACAAUGAAGAACAGACGGCAGCCACGUUUAUUGAGAACCCGGCAUGGUUCCGGAAGCUGCGACCUGGUGAGAGCCGGCGAUUCCUCAAGACCGGUGAUCUGGUUCGAUAUCGGCCGGAAACUGGAUUGCUUCAGUAUGUUGGACGCCUUGGUACCCAGGUCAAACUGCGAGGCCAGCGGAUAGAGCUCGCAGAGGUGGAGGUCCAGCUGAAGAAGCAGUUUCCUGAAGCGGAGGCCACAGUUGCUGAGGUGGUGAGUCCUACUGGCGACGACAAUGACGCCCUUCUCGUAGCUUUCGUUACGAUGCAAGAUGGAAAAGUGGGAGGCGAUGCUGGCGAACCUUUAUUUGCGCCUACAACGGAGCAAUUCUCAAGCCAAUGCCAAAAUGCACAGAGGGCGAUGCAGGAUGUCCUUCCUAGAUUCAUGGUUCCGACUACGUUCCUUUCUCUCACAAGCCUUCCACUCACGCCUUCGGGAAAGCUGAAUCGCAAGCUCCUUCGCAGCAAAGCUUCCGAGCUAGGCAGUCAGCUGCAAGCAUACCACAUGAUCGACAAGGAACACCGUCGUUCAUGUAGUGACGGUGAGAUCAUGAUCCGGGACAUCUGCGCCGAGAUCCUGGACCUGGACCCUGAGAGCAUCAGCAUGAAUGCCACCUUCUUCGGGAUCGGCGGCAACUCCAUCUCAACGAUGACGUUGAUCAGUCGAGCGCGCGAAGUCGGGUUCUCUUUUACGGCCGGACAUGUAUUCCAGCAGAUGUCAUUAGCCGAGCUGGCUGAGCAUCGUGGUGGAAGCGAAGCUGGAGAAAGGGUUCGCAGCGAAGGAGGCGCAUCUACCGCGGCUGAUCGCAAGGAACAGUUUAAGCAAUUGAUACCCCCUGGCAUCGAUCCGGAAACGGUGGUUGAUAUUUUCCCCUGCACUCGGACGCAGCAAUGGCUGCACAACGAAGGUGGUUGCUUUCUGCUUCGUUUCUCUGGCUCCAUCAGUCAUGAUCGACUGCGAGCCGCAUGCCAGCGCUUGAUAGACGCCCACACUGCACUUCGAUCGCUCUUCACCCGUCAGGAUGGCAGGCUCUACCAGGUUGUUCUGAAACGCAUUGAAGUGCCCCUUGCCUUGCACCCUCAUACCACCGACGACGCUUUAUCGACCGCACGGGGUCUGUGUGCACUAUCCCCCGAAGAAGCAUGUCCGUUGGAUAUUCCACCCAUCAAACUGACUCUGGUCAGUGGUUCAGCACGGGAUAAUGUGUUGAUCAUCCAGCUCUCACACGCCCAAUACGACGCCCUCUGCCAGCAGGCAAUCCUUUCAGACCUCUGCACUUUUUAUAAAGACCCCAAUCACCCCGUUGAGUCAAUCGACUUCGCCCCCUACAUGCAAAGCAUCGUAGACGGACAGACCCCUGAGGCACUCACGUUCUGGAAGCGCCAUCUCGCUGAUCCGACCACCAACAGCCUACCAACACCUCCUCCUUCUCCACAGCAAAGGUCAGACGACAAGCCCAAAGCCAAGGAGACCCUCAUCCGCAGCAAAUCAACCAUGCCGAUCCAUCCUCUACCGAGAGGAAUCACCCUCGCCACAGCCGUCAAAGCAGCUUGGUCUCUCGUCCUCCGGCAAAAAUGGGAAUCCGACGACGUCAUCUUCGCACAGCUCGUCUCAACGCGCGACGUAGACGUACCCGGCAUCCACCGAACAAUGGGCCCGUGUUUGAACCGCGUCCCGGUCCGUGUGCAGCACGCAAAACACAAAAGAGCCCAGGAACUCCUCCAUGCUGUCCAAGAGCAGCAAGCCCAGUCCUUACCCCACCAAGCAGCGGAGUGGGAAAGCAUUGUGUCAAACGCCACGGGUUGGCCCAAGGACACUCAACCAAUGAGCCACGUCAUACAUCUAGAGUUCGGCCUUGGGACGGAGUAUCAGAUCGACGACGGGGUAUCCUGCUGUCUGGCAGACUAUAUUCCAAUUGACUACCCGGCUGAGUCAAUUGACUUGAUGUCAGAGGUGAAAGGUGACAUUCUCGCCGUUGAACUUACUGCGUCCAGUGCAGUCGUGACGCAGAGUGAGCUGGAACAGCUGCUGGAGAGAUUCAGAGUAUUCUGUCAGACCUGCUGGUGUUGA